CUGAGUUGUUUGGGGAUAUUUUAAUGCACUCCCGUUGAUUUAUGUCCUGGGACGUCCAGGGUUUACCUCAUACCUCAGCUACAUCUCGCGUUAUCCUUCCUCCCUCCUCCAGGACGCAUCUGGAUGAACGCGGUGCAUUUUCAUGAUUUAUAGUUUUUAUUAGGGUUUUUUUUUUACUGACAACAAGCUUCCCUGCUGCAUCAUGGUCAACCUCUGCUGCCUUUGCUGCGGUGCAAUCCCUCAACCCCGCCCCCCUCCGUCCGGACAGUCGGGACCACCGCGGGAUCCCCGCUCCGAGAAGCAGCAGCAGCAGCAGCCUCCUGCUGGCUUCGGCCCAGACGGUGUGGGGCUGAAGGGGGGACAAAAAGGGGGAGUAAACGGAGGGAGCAGGCAGAAGAGCCAGUGAAUACAUAAAAUCAUCUGAGGAGAGCAUGCACAAAAGUGCAGCAUGCUCUCCUCCGAUCAGGACUCUGCGGAGGACACCGCGGCCAGCGCUCCCAAUGAUGCCGAGGGAGAGGAGCAGGAGCAGGGGCAAGAGGAGGAGGAGGAGGACUCACCAGCUGAGAGUGAUGUCCGGGAGGAGGAGCAGCGUCCAGUGAAGCAGUCUCUGGGUGCUUGUGUCUGCCGGGAGUCCCAUUGGCGCUGCUUGCUGCUCUCUCUGCUCAUGUACAGCUGCCUGGGUGUGGUGGCCUGGUGCCGGUUGACCCAGGUUACCAAGAUCAGCUUCAACCCGGCUCUCACCUCCUCCUUCAUGACCUCCUUCACCUCCUCCCUGCAGGGUUCCUCUGGGAUCGGGGUUGGAGGACACUCAAUGAUCUACCACGACAGCCCCUGCUCUGAUGGCUACAUCUACAUCCCUCUGGCCUUCCUGCUCAUGCUCUAUGUGCUGUACAUGGUGGAGUGCUGGCACUGCAGAGCCAGGAGUGAGCUGCAGUGUAAAGCAGACGUUGACAGCGUGUAUGAGCGCGUGCUGCGGAUGCGACAGGCCCAACCUUGCAUAUGGUGGAAGGCCAUCAGCUACCAUUUUGUGCGACGGACUCGGCAAGUCACACGAUACCGCAACGGUGAUGCCUACACCACCACACAGGUGUACCACGAGAGGGUGAACACGCACGUGGCUGAGGGCGAGUUUGACUUCAGCCACUGUGGGAUGAAAGAUGUAUCACGUGACCUCAGAGGCUUGGCGGGACAUCCAGCAACUCGGCUGCGCUUUACCAAAUGUUUCAGCUUCACCGAGGCCGGUCCAGAAAAUGAUUACCUCAACCAGAGAGCCAGGUUCUUCUCUGAAAUUGAGGGCUUGGACGAUUACAUGGAGGCCAGGGAGGGAAUGCAGCUUAAGAAUGUGGACUUUAGGGAAAACCUGAUCGCCUAUGUAGACCCAGAAAGGAUGCCUUGGUACAGUUCCCAGCUCGCCUUCUGGCUGGCAGCUCUGCUGAUGUUGUCCUGGCCUCUGAGAGUGCUGAUAGAGUACCGCACUGCUUAUGUACACUACCGCAUAGAGAAACUAUUUGGGUUGGAGUACAGCCACAGUAGCCCCUCUCCUCUGGAUGAAGACAGGCCUCUGGGGAACAACCCUACUUGUGUUAUUCCAAGAGUAGACACACUGGACAGCACGGAAAUGGAGUGGCACAUACGCUGUAACCGCCAGUUGAUUCCCAGCUACUCCGAGGCCAUGCUGGUCAACCAGAGCACAGCAGACUCGAGCUCACUACAAGACACUGAAUACACCUCGUCGUCAAACUGCUUCCUCCUGGACAGCAGCCAGGCUGCUCAGAGCUACGGCGCCCUUCAAAGCCAGCGCGACUGCGAGCAGUGCAGCGAGCCUAACGGACAAGGUGAUGGAGGAGGCAGGAGGAGGACCAUCACCAGCUCCAGCUGCUCCUCCAUCUUCUCCUGUCGCGGAGCGCUGUUCCAUUCCCACCUCUCCUCGGACACGUCCCGCUUCUCUCUCUGCCGGAUGUACGGCUCGCACCGCACCGUAGCCCUGUGGAGGAGCCACAGCAGCAACCUGACAGACCCUUGCUGCGUGGACGAGCAGUGCUGCCGUUCAGACUCCAGCCAGCUGGCGCUCAGUGACACUCCACCGACAUAUAGGGACGCCCGGUUCUUCCCUGUCCUCAUCGUGCACCGGGCUGAGGGCUGCAGCAGCGAGGAAGGGAGGGAACUGAGGCAUUAUUAUAUACGGAGAGGGUCGUCCUGUGUGGAGACGGCUCUGUGAAGGCCGUAAAGACACCUAUUGAUCCGUUAAGAUGGACUGAAGUCAGUGAUGGAUGGAUGGUGCUGUAGGGUUGGUCACAAUUUGCUGCAUAGAUAGACCUUCAGGUAAUUCCACUGUAAAUAUGAAGUAAACUUAAAUACAGACUUUCUAUUUUUUAACACCAAGAGGUCAAAGAGUCCUCAUACUCAAUUGCACAUGUUAUUAAAGUUAAAUUGUCUGUAUGAAAACAGCCACAAGUGUGUGUGGAAACAGUGUGUAUUGUAUCUAAAUGCUCUGGGACAUUCAACAGUCUGUCAGCUACAGGAGCUGAAUAAAUGGUGCAUAAAGGCCACUGAUACGUGAAAACUGCACGAACCUCAGCAUCCUAACCGUUCAUCAAAAAUCACAGGAAACAAAACCACACUGACCUUACAUGUGUUGUUAUAUGCGUGGGGAGACUUUUUAGAGGCACAUAUAUAAGAACAAUACGAGAAAGAUGCAUGUUAUUACCAAAGUCUUUUUAGUUGAUUCAUAGACGACGAGGUGAAGCCAAAGACUGUGUUCUGUUUUAGACUUUUAUGAAACAUUACAAAGCAUCUACUGAUGAGAGAUAUGUGGCGUGAAAAGUGAUUGUGAAAAUGUAAGCAAUAAAAACAGUCAUGAGUUCGCUUGUACUGUCAGAUUGAAGGGAAUAUAGCAUAAUAUAUGUCUCCGGAUGGUUAUUUCCUCAAACUAUGCUUUUAAAUUAGGACCCUUUGUGUGUUAAUACAGAGAGAGCAGAGUGAAGUUUCUCCAGCAGUCAUGUUAAUCUGAGGUGACGAUGUCAGACACUCUCAGACUCACCGGUACCUCUGCUGUCCUCCACUACAAGGGGACAAACACUAAUGUUCACUGACUUCAACCAACUACUGUAUUUUGUGGCUGUGAGACAGAAAAUAAACCGUUUACGCAGACAAACGAUUAAAUUCAGCAUGUUAAAUGAACUGGAGCAAAGUACAGCAGAAGAAGAGAAAAAUGCUAAAUAAGGUCACAUAAAUACGACAUUUUAUUUUUUAUGAAUAAUAUAGUGUGUUUUGAAGUCCUCGCAUUCUGUGAUCAUAUAGGUAACGCAGUUUAUCAUGAUACUCCGGGGCCAGAUUUCAAAAUAUUUAUCAACUUGACACUUGUUCGCAAACUCAAGUGUGGAUAUAAAUGAUAUUAAACAUGUUCGUUUUACAUAUCAGGCAAUGAAACUUCAUUUUAAACUUGAACACGGGAACCAAAGCUCAACCAGAGGUAGUUCAGAGGAGAUUUCUGUUUGAUGAGGAACUAUUUACUUUGGUAAAGAAAUACUACAAAAAUACUCCAUUACUAAUAAAAGUCUC